AUGAAGGUGGCAGUCUUCAGCGCCAAAUCCUACGACAAGCUCUUCCUCGACGGCGCCCUCGAGAAAGACUACGCAUCCUUCUGCGAAAUCGUCUAUCACUCCUUCGCUCUAUCCUCCGAGACGGUCUCACUAGCCAAAGAUAGCGAUGCAGUCUGCGCCUUCGUAAACGACACUCUGGACGCGACAGUCCUCAAGUCCCUCCACGCAUACGGCAUUCGUGCCAUCCUUCUGCGCUGCGCCGGCUUCAACAAUGUCAACCUACAAGUCGCAGAGGAGCUGGGCCUCUUCGUCGCCAACGUCCCGUCCUACUCCCCCGAAGCCGUGGCCGAAUUCGCCGUGGCGCUGAUCCAGACUCUGAACCGCAAGACCCACCGCGCGUACAACCGCGUGCGGGAGGGGAACUUCAAUCUCGAGGGGUUCCUGGGGCAUACGCUGCACGGGAAGACGGUGGGGAUCGUGGGUGUUGGGCGCAUUGGGCUGGCGCUUGCGAAGAUCUUCCAUGGGUUUGGGUGCAAGCUGCUGGCGUAUGAUCCGUUCGGAGGGGAUGAGUUUAAAAAGUACGGCGAGUUUACCGAGUUAUCUGAAUUGUUGUCACGGAGCGAUGUGGUCAGCCUCCACUGUCCUCUUACGGAGAGCACGCGACAUAUUAUCAAUGAUGAGACCCUGGCGCAGAUGAAGAAGGGCGCGUUGCUGGUUAAUACAUCCCGUGGAGGGCUGAUCAACACCAAGGCUGCGAUCGGGGCGCUCAAAGCGGGCCAUCUCGGUGGUCUGGCGUUGGAUGUGUACGAGGGGGAGGGCUCGCUGUUCUACAAUGAUCAUUCGGCUGAAAUUAUCCAUGACGACACGCUGAUGCGACUGAUGACGUUUCCCAAUGUGCUUGUUUGCGGGCAUCAGGCGUUUUUCACGGAGGAGGCCCUGAGUGAAAUUGCGGGAGUCACGCUGGGCAAUCUGCAGGAUUUUGUAUUGAAGCGGACAUGCAAGAACUCGUUGGUGCGUGAAGGCCAUCUACUGGUUACGAGGGAUACGGAGCCUGUUCGUUUAUGA